AUGGGAAGCAAGCCGAGCAAGCGCACUGACAAGAAGAGCGUCGUCGCCCCUGCGAGUCGCAAUCCGAACCGUACCUCGGAUCGCACUGCGCUGCGCAGCUUCGAUGUGGGCUCUGAUGAUGUAAUCGGGGGUCCUCGCGCCUCCAACUCCGUGAACGAGAGGCAGUCACCGGAGCGCCGCGGCUUCAACAACCCUAUCCCAGCUCGUUCAGGCGGGAGCACUGACCGUGCGCUAAAGCGUCAGACACGCAUGUUGGGGGCCGAAGACCCAGACGGCGCUCACGAGGACCUCGAUGAACGCCCGUUCCACCAGGAGAAGGUGAACCGGGUGCCGACCAAGGCACUGUUGAAGCCGCCAAAGAACCCGGAAUCGAUGAUCGCGGAUCCCUACGAGGACCAAGAGCUCUACUGA